AUGAUGGAGUUCAGUGAUACUAUCGACAUUGUCGCCAUCGAGUGGAGUGUUCGGCGCAUAUGUGCAGCCAAAGGUGCAGCAUGUGUGAACGGAGGAAAGCGGAAUCCAAAGAACUGUGCUGCAUGCAUUUGUCCUGCCGGUUACGGUGGCGCGCUGUGCAACCUUCGGCCAGCAGGGUGUGGCGCGGUGUUGACAGCAGGUCCAACCUGGAAAUCGAAAGUGGUCACUGUAGGUAACGCCACGAACCUGGGGCUCCGCGACACUUACGCAAAGUGCAAUGACUGGAUCAAGGUCUGUUAG